CUUGAGUCGUUGAAGGAGGUGUACAGAGCACGCCAGGCAGAGCUCAGAAGGAUGGAGGGCGAUGUUGAGGGUGCUAAAACCUCGUUGGAGAAUCUGGAGGAAAGCUCCUCAGAGAAGCAGCUUAAGUUUUACAGGACCAUGACGACUUAUGCCCACAACAUGGUGGAGUGUUUCCAGGAGAAGGUUGUUGAGAUCAACUCUCUGGAGCUGCAGUUGCACACUCUGCUGUCUGGCCAGAUGGAGGCGCUGUUGGCUCAGAGACGAGAGAAGAUUAAGGAGCAGGCAGACCACCUGCAGCAGCUUGGCUUUAACACAGCAGAGCAGAGUGCAAGUUCAGCCAAUGGAUCAGAAACUCAGUGUGAGGUAAGCGUCGGUGUUAAAACUGAGGAAGACUUUGAUAUGGCUGAAGACACAUAACCUUCAGCAGAAGAGCAGGAGCAGCUGCAGAACAACAUAGCUGACAUACUGUUGAGGUCUAAGGCAGACUUUUCUGAUGUCCAAGAAGACUUCUGCAGUGUUAAAAAGAUUCUGUCUCGCUUUGAAAAAUGGAGGGAAUGCUACUUGGAGUCCUACCACAAUGCUUAUAUCUCUCUGUGUCUGCCCAAGUUGCUGAACCCCAUCAUCAGGCAUCAGCUGCUGGGAUGGAACCCUUUAAAAGAUACCAGUGGAGACUUUGAAAACCUCCCAUGGUUCACAGCAGUGGAGACCUUUUGUCAUGGACAUGGCCACGAAGAGCUGGAGCACACAGACAGACAGACGCUGUCCAGCGUCAUAGAAAGGACCGUCGUACCCAAAAUGACUGCUUAUGUGGAGCUGGUGUGGGAUCCCAUGUCCCACCAACAGUCUGUCUGUCUGACUGAUGUGUGUCACAGUCUGAAGGAGGACUAUUCUAUCUUUGAAGGAGAGCAUAGCAAGCCAGUCAAGGCAUUCACAGAGGCUCUGGUUCGCAGGCUGAGAAGCUGUGUAGAUGAAGAUGUCUUUGUUCCCCUGUACCCCAAAAAGUUUCUUGAAGAGGCGUCUUCACCUCAGCGUCACUUCAGAGAUCAGCGGUUCUGGACAGCUGUAAAACUCUUAGGCAAUAUUGGGAAGUGGGAUUUACUGCUCCCCGAGUCUGUAUUGAAGGAACUGAUGCCUACCCCAUGCCUCGAAUCGAGGACUUGCUGGAGAAGACCGGAGCGGCCAGGUACAUCACCACCUUGGAUCUGUACAAAGGUUACUGGCAAGUGCCACUGGAGGAGUCUUCUCGACC